AGAAUGUGAACUUUACAAGACAAUAGGACUUGAUGUCUUUGGAAUAGUGUUGACAAGGACCUAGAGAAAGUCUAUAGCAAUGAAGGACACACCACAAAGAAAUUCUGGUGUUAAUAACACACCACUUGUGAAAAAAUCAUUCCAGGAGCACAUAAAUGAAAAAUGUCAGAAGCGGGAAAGCGCUAAACAAUCACCAUCUGAUAUGGUAACUCUGAAAUAUCUCCAAGACAAUGGGUUAACAAAAGUAAUUUCAAAAUCUUUCUCAUCUCAAAAAAUGCCGCAUAUCAAAAGGAACAUGUCUGAGCCAUUGUCGAAGAAGUCCAUAUCGGAUCCUGAGCUGAGGACUCAAAAUUUGACUGUGAAGACUGAAUUAGGAAAAACAGACAAGAACUUGGUCAGAUCCGCUUCAGCUCGCGUUAAACGUUGCCCUAAGAUCCAUAGUGAAUGGGCAGUGGAUUCGAAACCAAAGUUAACAGAAUUUGAUGUUUCUCACUUGAAAACAAAGGGAUUACCAGGGCCUAAUAGAAGAAGUCAAAGUAGUUCUGAACAAGUUAGAAUGCCAAAAAUCGCCAGUGAGAAGGCAGUUCCAAUGUUAAGACCAUUAUCCUAUAGGAAACACACCUUAGCUCAUGUGAACAGCAACCUGAAAUCUUAUAACAUACGGCAAAAAGAUGGACCCAUUGAUAAACUAACCGAGUCAUUAGAUGUGCACCAUAUUGCAAAACCAAGUUCGGGAAGAUUAAGCCCCAGGUUUCAACAGCCAAUAAGAAAACCAAUGAAAGCCAUCCAUGUGGAUAAGAACAGGGAGAAAAUGUUCAUAAUGUCAUCUGGAUGUGGUGUUAAAUACUGGUAUAACUAUACUGGGUUUGAAUGGAGAGAUACACCAAGAGAAUCAGAAAAGUCAGAAACUGUUAAAAAGGAUCGUGAAAUUCUGUCUCAAAUAGAUAGGAUCUUGUCAAAACAGGAGCCUAUUAGAUACUAUGGUACAUCCAGUAAGGUCUAUCACAGAGAUGAUCAACGGGUGCAAUCACCAAGACCACCAACAUCACCUCGGAGGACAUUUCAAAAGAAUACAAACCCAAGGCAAGAUCAGAAGGAAUUUAAAGACACAGCAAACAUUAUUGGAAAAUCUGUUCAAGUUUCACUUUCUUCAGAUCAAACUGAGAAUGUUCAAGGGAGGACUAGAACUCUGAAUCCUGGUAUGGUUGGAUUACCAUCAUUUACAAAAAGUCCUACUUCAGAAAUAGAUGCACAGCCAAAGGUUUAUGCUAUUAACAAUAAUACCAAUAAUCAAGGAAAGGAAAACACUGGUGAACGGCAUAGAUCAGUAAAAAAUGAAACCAUUUACAGCAGCAAUACACCUAUAAAAGUGAAUAGAAGAGAAAAUACUCCAACAGACAUAAAUGAAGCCCCAAAAUCCUUCCUUGAUAAAAACUCAUAUUAUGUACUUCCUAAUCUUAAACCAGGAAAUUCUGAAUCUGAAAGUGACUUUGAUGGAAUGAGUGAUUCAGAAAUGGAUAUUCACCUAUCAAGUUUUACUCCAAAGGUUCCUAAGGUGAUUAUUAAGAAUAAGAAUUCUAUCACACCUGAGGCACCUAAAUCCCCUAAACCAAGAAGAAGGAGGCCGAUAAAUACAAGUCAAACUCUGAUCCUGAAGCAGAAGAACAUGGAGGUCCCAGUAGCACUCCCAGCAGAUAAAAUGCUGGAACACAAGAACAGCUUUCCAAUACAAGAAGAUGCAUUCCCAAAUAAUCAAAAUCACACAUGGGAUAAAAAUUCCAGACAAAGGAAGUUGAUGAAGAAGAGAAAAUCUAGCAAGAAACUUAUGGUCAAACAAAGCAAAAAUGAUGAAAAUAACAUUGAUGGGCAACCUAAUGUGAACCAGACUAUCAUUAUGAAGAGAAGACCAAAAACAUCAAAAACAACGAGACAAAGGCCUAUUGUAUCAAAUGUGGCAGAUAAACCAUACCUAGUUCAGGAUGUCCAAUCUUAUAUGAGCCUGAAUGACCAAAGUGAACCACAAGAAGGAUUAAUCUCACGUGACUAUGAAUCAAAACAUCAUGUGAUUCAAGAGAGCUCUGACAAUAUAACAGAUACACAGCAUAAUGUGAAUCAGACUGGCAUCAUGAAGAAAAGACCAAAAACCUCAAAGACAAGGUCUAUUAAAUCGAAUGAGACUGUUAUAUCAUUCCAAGUUAAAGAAGUCGAAUCCUAUCUGGGCAAGACUGGCCAAUUGAUACAAGAAGACUAUACUAAUGACAAAGGCCAUGACAGAGACCUGAUUGACAGUACAGCAAAGAUAUAUAAUGAGACUAAAGUUAAUGAUGAUGAAGAAACUGAUUAUGAAAAGGAAAUGAACAAUGAAGCUGAAAAAAACAACGAAACAGAAUCAGAUGAAGAAAGUAGCACAUCUUCUAAAGAGGAGACUACUUUUGCAUCAGCUAACAUAUAUGAUGACAUAAGGAAACAAAUGAAUCAUGGCACAGAGGAAAGAAGAAAAAGUUUAAAAAUCUAUGAUGAAACAGUGAGUGCUUCAACAAGAAGGCAACGGAGCCAUAGUCUUGGUUCUACUACCCUUUCUGAAAGAAUCUCAUCAUUAAGAGACACGGUCUAUUCUAAAUCCAUGUUUGACAUGUCUGACCUUUCAAAACAAAAGUUGUAUAUAAUUGAAGAGAGACCUGUAGAUUACUAUGGAGAUGGUGAUCAUGUUGUCAAACAAAAUGAUAGAAGGGACUCCUCUCUGCCUGAUAUCAUCAUUGAACCAGACAGAACACUUCCAGAGUUUAUAGUUGAUGAUGACAUUGAUGUUCAGCAUAUGUACCACAAAUAUGCAGCCCACCCAGCCCUCAUGAAAACCCUGAAUAUAGAAAAUGAUGAUCAAACCAUACAUGGUGUUGACAUCCCUGAGGCUGUAGCAUAUGACCUGGAUACUCCACACAAGACAUGCAUCAUUGAAACACCUGAUCAAGAUCUCCCACAUAUUAUGGUGGAUUCAGAGAUAGAAAUGCCUCUGCCCAAAUACUUGAUCUAUCCUUCAUUACAGCACAGAAUGAACAUCCCUAUAGGGAAACAAAAUAAUGAUGAAGGGGUGCACAAAGGGAAUGACCUUUCUCUAUUACCUCCUAUUAUUAAUAUAGAGGCAUGUGAAGAUAUGGCAACCCAUAUUAGCAACAAUGAUAGACUGAAAUCAGGCUACUUGUGCCUUCCCUUUAUAGACCACUCAGAACCUAAUGUUAAUGCACUGUUCCAUUAUUGGAAAAAUAAAUCAAGUUGAGUCUUAAUUACAUGACCCCAACACUCAAACCUAGACAUGUGGGUCAGAAAAUAGAAAUUAGAUGGAUCGUGAACAGUGAAUUGGUACAAAAUAAGGAUUGUUUUUGUAAUAAAGUGUAGAUCUACAUGUAAUAAAUGAAUGCAAUUGUACAAACAUAGAUACACAUAUUCUUUUUCCAUAUACUGUAUCUUGCUUCCUACAUUCUGUUACUUUCCUGUAGAUUUCCACUUUCUCU